GAGAUAUUCGGUCUUUGAACGUUGGUUUAUGUCCAAAUGCACAAGACGUCUAAAGGCUCAAGGAAUUACAUUCUGCACGCUUUUGAAUUGCUUAAUAUGCUACAUGUAUCCUACAUGUCAUUAGCCGAAUUUCGCCCGGUGAACGAACAUGAUGUGUGAAAAUUCCUAAGUUAAAAAAACAUCCUAUGACAAAAUGUAGUCUUGCGGUAUGAGAAUCAAGCAUGAUAUUGCUCAUCAUGCUGUGAUUUGGUUCAGUCAGGACUUGACAUUCUAUGCUACAUUUCCUACUUAAACCACGAUGAGUUUAUGCAAUUAGGACAUGACAUGCCUAAACCUGGACGCCUACCAUCAACAUUAAAACUCAGGUUUCAUUUUCUACGUGAUUCGGAUCCCCGGAUGUCAUGGUCUACACUAGAUCCAACUACCCUAUUUGCUACCUUGCAUCCAGGUUCUAGCUUGAAAUGUCUUAGUGCAUGUUUAUACUGUCUGAACAACUUUCGGUUCUUCGGCUUGACCGGCUUGACCCUACUCGUCUGAUCUUUCUUCUACCGUAUUUGUACGAAUACCAAGUCAUUUGUCCGAAUACAAGACUUUAUUACUGCAAACAAACGCAUCCUACCCAGUAUGCCCCUACAAAACGUGCUGUCAGACUGUGAAGUGACAAACUUUGUUGAUAUCAGGGCAGACCAGUCGCAAUGUAGAAUGCUUUUCUCCGUUGGAAGUUCAUGGCCAGAAGUUCGUCCUGGGGUCAUGAAGAUUGCCAGCCAAUUCAGAGUCAAUUCCAGAGAAGGUUAGACUCUGAAAUGUGUGGUAGACGCGAAAAUCUGAGCUGGCCCAGUAUUGUCUUCCAUUGACGACUCGAGACUGGUCAUGAAUGGUGUCAGUUUCACGUUGGAGUUGGAUUGUUUGUAUUGUGCUCUUCAGCCUUUUGACCCUUUGGGUCCCACGGGCUUGAUCUAUUUACCGUUUACCAUUUACGUUAUGAACUUUUUCUCUCAUAUCACGGAAAUCUGUAUUCUAUCAAUAAAGUCUCGAUUACAUUUAAAGCCUGAUGAUGAUAAAUUGGA